AUGUUUGGCAAGAAGCAGGAGCCAGAGGUCUCCGAAGUCCUCGAGCAGCGGCAGCCCAGCGCCGCCGAGGCGGCUAAUAACCAACAUCGCGGAGCCGUCUCCAACACGGGCUUGACAGGCGCAUCGGCCUUGACAGUCAGGCAGUCCAUCGUGCCCAUCGCCCUCGUCACUCUCCUCUUCUUCCUCUGGGGCUUUGCUUACGGCCUCCUUGAUGUCCUUAACGCCAAGUUCCAAACAGCUCUUAACAUUACCGCAGCCAAGGCUGGUGGCCUCCAGGGCGCCUAUUUCGGCGCCUACUUCAUCGGUCCUCUGACCUACUCCGGCUGGAUCGUGCGCAAGUUCGGCUACCGCUGGACCUUCAUCACGGGACUUUGCAUCUACGGUGUCGGCGCCCUUAUGUUCUGGCCGUCCGCCGUGUACCGCUCAUUCCCCGGUUUCUGCGGCUCUCUCUUCAUUGUCGGCUCGGGACUUUCCACGCUCGAGACUAGCGCCAACCCCUUUAUCGCGACCUGUGGACCUCCUCGCCUGUCCGAGUUCCGUCUCGAGCUCUCGCAGUCUUUCCAAGCCAUCGGCUCAGUCAUUGCACCGCUGCUGGCCGCGCGCGUCUUCUUCUCCCACACCGAGCCGAAUGACCUGUCCAAGGUGCAGUGGACUUACCUUGGUAUCGCGGCGUUCGUGUUCCUCCUCGCUGUGGUCUUCUACUUUGCGCCCAUCCCCGAGGUCACCGAUGCCGACAUGGCGCUGCAGGCAGAGCAGACCGAGGGAUUCCAGGACAAGCCCAUGCGGAAGCAGUACAAGCUCUUCUUCGGUGUUGCGGCCCAGUUCUGCUACGUGGGCGCCCAGGUCGGAGUAGCCAGCCAGUUUAUCAACUAUGCUGUUGAGAGCUCAAACCUCUCACACUCUCAGGCAAGCGAUCGGUAUGCCAUCGGUCAGGGUCUGUUCGCCAUCGGACGAUUCGCGGCAGCCGGCCUGAUGAUGGUUGUCAAGCCUCGCUUGGUGCUGAUGGUCUUCAUGACCGGCAUCAUGAUUUUUAUUGCGCUGUCAAUGGCGUUCUUCGGCGAGGCCGGUAUUGCCAUGCUUUCGCUCGUCCUCUUCUUCGAGUCGUGCAUCUUCCCGACCAUCUUCACGUUGUCAAUCCGAGGUCUGGGACGACACACGAAGCGCGGAAGCUCCUGGAUCGUAGCCGCAGUCUCAGGAGGCGCGCUCUUCCCCAGUCUGACAGGUCUUCUUGCCGACCACAAGAACUACCACAUCGCCAUGGUGGUCCCUCUUGCCGGCUUCGUCGUGAGCUUCGCGUAUCCCAUCUUCCUGAACACGGUGUGGAAGAACGAGCUGGACGGCUUCAGCGCAAGCAAGAUUGGCUACACCGACGAGAACGGAGUUAUUGGCGACCCUCUGCGCGACGACAGCCAGACUGACAAGUCAAGCGCAAAGCACCUGGAGGCAUGA